AUGGAGGCGGUGGCGCUCUUCUCCUUCACGGCGUCGGGAGCUGGCGAGCUCAGUUUUCAGAAAGGGGACAUUAUCAAGGUGACAGAGAUGGAGGACGACUCCUGCUGGGUCUCAGCUGAGAUCCAGGGGCAGCGAGGCUACGUGCCAGAGAACUACAUUUCCCUCCUUCCUUAUCCGUGGUUUGCAGGACGAGUGUCGAGACUCGAGGCCGAGGAGCGUCUUCAUCGGCAGGACGUCGGCGUGUUCCUUGUGAGGGAGAGCGAGUCGGCUCCUGGAGACUUCUCGGUCUCUGUCAGCUACGGGAAGAGGGUGGAGCAUUUCCGGGUGCUGGAGGGCGGCGGUCAGUACUGCAUCUGGGGCGAGUCGUUCCGCUCCCUCAACCGGCUGGUGGACUUCUACCGAGCUCACAGCAUCGCCGUGGAGAAGGUGGUGUGCCUCAGGGACCCUCCAUCGGCCCCCCCUCUCCCGCCGUCCCAACCUGAACGGAACCCGUACCCCAACCCUUAUAAAAGCAUCUCUCAGGGGUCCCCCCCCUCGGCCCGCCUGGGCCCCUCCCAUCGAGCCCCUGAGCCCGUGGCGGGGAAACCCCGGCUGGCUCACGCGCUGCGCGACUACACCCCCCCGCAGACCGCCCACCUCCACUUCCUGCGCGGUGACCUCAUCGACCUGCUGGACUGCUCCGACUCCCGGGCCUGGAGGGGGCGCUGUCGAGGCCGAGUGGGGAUAUUUCCGCCAGAAUACGUCCAGCCGCUGUACCACUGACAACACAUGACUGACAACUCACUCAAUGAUCCAUUCAGGAAACAGUUCAUCAGAUUUUUUAUGAAUGCACUGACAGAGAAUUAAUUGGAUUUGAUGAGUUUUUGUAAUUUCAAAUGAUAAAUUUUGUAUUUAACAACAAUAACCGUACAAUAUACAUAUUGUCAAGCAAUACUUAAAGGGGAACUUUUUUGCUUUUGGGAAUAACUACUGCACUUUUGUGUCCCCAGAGAGAGCUGCGCGCGAAAGAUGCAAUAUAUUUCCUCGAGUGAUGUCACUCGAGUCAGCGUCGGUUAGGGGCGGAAGAGUUCUAGAAUGAGAAAGACUCUCACCAGACCCUUUGUGUAGCUCGCUCUUCAUCUCUGCUCGAGGCCACGUUAGCGUAGCACAUAGCACGCCCGAGUUGCAUUGUGGGUAAUGUAGGCCCCAGGGGUUUUGACGAAGGAGGUGAAUGCGUAGACUUGUGCUGCUGCACUGAAUGUGACUCAGUCCAUCGUAAGUGAAAAGCUACAUGUGUGCAAUACUCCUUUAAAAUGUGACACCACCUUUAAUAAUGGAUCAAAUGUGAAGCAAGAAUGGCAAAUAUUUGUUGGUUUCUGCCAUUGAAAUUUGAGGAAUUGUUUCUUUUCUCUUACCUGUAUCAUUAAUAGCUGAAUACCGUUGUGUUUUUUGUAAUGUGGAUCAUUAAAGACUUCAUAUUAUUGUGAAAUGAAUUCACAGAUGAGUCCGAAAUGAAGAUAAUUGUUGUGGACCUCCACAACCGAGUGCCAAUGACCUCCUUUCCCCAACAGCUUGUAUUUAAAACAUUAAUUAAAAGAGAAAUGUAACUUAA